AUGCCAGCUGAUAACAAUGUUGUUGAUGCGGUUGCUAAUCAUUUGGAGGCUCAAGUUCAACCACAGGGCCAAGUUCAACCAGUGGCCGAAAAUCAAAAUGAAGAAGAAGCACGACCUUAUGAAAGAAAAAAGCGGAAGAAGACUUCAAUAGCAUGGAAUGACUUCAAGGUAGUUGUUGUGGAAGGGGUGGAAAAGCUAGAGUGUCGCUAUUGUAAAACGAGAUUAUUAAAAAGCGCAUCAGGUUGUACAAGUCAAUUCUUGCGGCAUAUAGAAAGAUGUACAAGGAAGCCUAAAGCAGAUGGGAGGGGACAACAACAUCUAACCUUGGAAAAUAAUGAUAGUGUCCUUGUUGUCCAGAACUUCAAAUACGAUCAGGCUAAGGUACGAGAACUGAUGGCUCAUUUCAUCAUAGUUCAUGAACAGCCCUUUGUUGCUGCUGAGUAUGAAGUGUUGAAUAAGUUGCUUAGAGCAUGCACUCCUCACUAUAAAAAAAUCUGUCGUACCACUGCUACAAAUGAUGUCUUCGAGACAUAUAAGAUCUUUAAAGGGAAGAUAAAAUCUCUUCUUGAAGGGGUGAAUAGGAUGAGCUUAACAACAAAUUUGUGGAAGUCUAAUAAGACUGUGCAGUAUAUGGUUCUUACUUGUCAUUUUGUGGACAAUGAUUGGGUGCUGCAAAAACGAGUUCUUAAUUUCUGCCAUGUUAAGCCACCUCAUACUGGACUUGUUGUGUCUGAUGCAUUGCACAAAUGUUUGGUUGAUUGGGAUAUAGUCAAAAAAGUGUGGACAAUCACAGUAGAUAAUGCUUCUUACAAUGAUAGUGCUUUGAAGCAUUUGAAAGGAAUUCUUAGUCAUCAAGGUGCACUUCCUCUUGCCGGAGAAAUGUUUCAUAUCCGAUGUUGUGCUCACAUACUUAAUAUAUUAGUGCAAGAUGGUUUGAAAGAGAUUCAAGAGAUAGUUAAUGAUGUUAGAGAAAGUGUUAAGCACAUUGCUGCUUCUGAAGUUCGAGUUGCAAUAUUUCGGGAUAUUGCUAAGCAACUCGAGUUGCCUACCAUAAAGCUUGUUCUAGAUUGUUCUACUCAAUGGAAUUCGACUUAUCACAUGAUAUCUACAACCUUAGAGUUGAAAGAUGUGUUUCCGAUGUACAAAGAAAGAGACUCUUCGUAUCAUUCUCUCCCAACAGAGGAUGCUUGGGAAGAUGUUAAAAAUGUGUGCGACUUUCUUGAAUUGUUUGAUGAUGUCACAACUAUGAUCUCUGGAAGUGAUUAUCCAACUGCCAAUAUGUUUCUUCCGGAGCUUUGUGAUAUUAAACUGUUAUUGAAAACUACUUUGAACUCAAGCAAUGCAAGUAUGAGGUCUAUGGCUUCCCGAAUGCUUAAGAAGUUUGAUAAAUAUUGGGGUGAGGCUAAUUUGGUGGUUUCCCUUGCUGUUGUCUUGGAUCCGAGGAACAAAUUCAAGAUGCUUGAAGCUUAUUUUCCAGAUCUAUACACUUCGGCAGAUUCUGAGAUGCAUGUUCGGUUGGUCCGAGAUAAGUUCUAUAAGUUUUUUCAUGAGUAUAUUGAGGACUUCAAAGCUAGAAAUGUUGCAUCAAGUACGAAUGCCUCCUGUGAAGAUCAAAAUGCUGCAUCUGCUAGUACAUCAAUUGGAAAUUCUAAGAAAAGAAGUGGAAGAGCAAGGUUUGAUUCCAUGAUUCAAAAUGUUAACUUUGCUUCUACCAUGAAAUAUGAGCUUGAUAUCUAUCUUGAGGAAGGUCUUUAUGUGCAUACUGAGGAGUUGAUGUUUGAUAUCAUUGGCUGGUGGAAAGAGCAGAGGAUAAGGUUCAAGAUUUUAUCGAGGAUGGCUUGCGAUAUUAUGGCAAUUCCUGUUACAUCGGUAGCUUCUGAAGCUACCUUUAGUGCUGGAGGAAGGGUGAUUGAUCCUCAACGUGCAUCCUUGGGAGAAAAGUCUGUUGAGGCUCUACUUUGCUCUCAUGAUUGGUUAAGAGCCCAUCAUGUCUUAAAAGGAAAUUUUGAGGCUAUGACGAAGAAAGAAGAUAUUAUCGAAAUUGACUUGGCCUAGAAAACCUUGG